AUGACGAGACACAGUUUAACAGAGAACCCAUCAGACGGAUCUGAGCGCGGUGGAGCUCGGUGCGGCGCGAAGUCCGAGAAGAAGCAGCCUGUCGACCUGGGUCUCCUGGAAGAGGACGACGAGUUCGAGGAGUUUCCCGCGGAAGACUGGGCUGGCUUAGAUGAAGAUGCACAUGUCUGGGAGGAUAAUUGGGAUGAUGACAAUGUAGAAGAUGACUUCUCCAAUCAGUUAUGCGCUGAGCUCGAGAAGCACGGGUACAAGAUGGAAACGUCAUAG